AUGGUAGAAGAAAAAGGGUUCGUGCUUUUGCUCUAUGGUGCUUCCCAACACAAGUUGAGGUCUAUGAUGUUUUAUACCACAUUGUUGUUUCCCAUGAUGUUGGUUCUUUCUCCAUUUGCAUUUUCACUCACUGAAGAAGGACAAGCAUUAAUGGCAAUGAAGUCUUCGUUCAACAACAUUGCUGACUUUCUUCUUGACUGGGAUGAUGUGCAUAAUGACGACUUUUGUUCAUGGCGUGGAGUUUUUUGUGAUAAUGUCACUCUUACUUUAACAAUGGUUUCUCUGAAUUUGUCAAGCUUAAAUCUUGGUGGUGAAAUAUCGCCAGCAAUUGGUGAUUUAAGAAACUUGCAAUCCAUAGACCUGCAAGGAAAUAAGCUUACUGGUCAAAUCCCCGAUGAAAUCGGGAACUGCGCCGAACUUGUUCAUCUGGAUUUAUCUGAUAAUCAGCUUUAUGGUGAUAUACCUUUCUCCUUAUCGAAGCUGAAGCUACUUGAGUUUUUGAAUUUAAAGAACAAUCAGUUGACAGGUCCUAUUCCUUCGACUUUAUCGCAAAUUCCAAACCUCAAGACUAUUGAUCUUGCUAGAAAUAAGUUCAUUGGAGAGAUACCGAGGCUUCUCUAUUGGAAUGAAGUAUUGCAAUACCUUGGGUUGCGAGGGAACAUGUUGACUGGAAUUUUGUCUCCAGACAUUUGUCAAUUAACUGGUUUAUGGUAUUUUGAUGUCAGAGGCAAUAAUUUGACUAGUACUAUACCAGAGAGCAUUGGCAACUGCACAAAUUUUGAAAUCUUUGACAUAUCGUAUAACCAGAUUACCGGGGAGAUUCCGUAUAACAUUGGAUUUCUUCAAGUAGCUACUUUGUCGCUUCAAGGAAAUAGGUUAACCGGGAAGAUACCAGAGGUGAUUGGUUUGAUGCAAGCUCUUGCAAUUUUGGAUUUGAGAGAGAAUCUGUUAGUAGGACCAAUUCCUCCAAUAUUAGGAAAUCUAUCUUUCACCGGAAAACUAUAUCUUCAUGGAAACAUGCUUACUGGAUCGAUACCUCCCGAGCUAGGCAAUAUGUCUAAACUGAGCUACCUGCAAUUGAAUGAUAAUCAACUGGUGGGUGAAAUUCCCGAUGAGUUUGGGAAGCUUGAACAUCUGUUCGAAUUGAAUCUUGCCAAUAAUCAUCUAAAUGGAUCUAUUCCACAUAACAUAAGCUCUUGCACGACAUUAAAUCAGUUUAAUGUGCAUGGUAAUCAGUUAAGCGGUUCUAUUCCAUUGAGCUUUCGCAACCUUGAGAGUUUGACUUACUUAAAUCUCUCUGCGAACAACUUUAAAGGGAUUAUACCAGUUGAGUUAGGCCGUAUCAUAAAUCUUGAUACAUUGGACCUAUCUAGCAAUAAUUUUUCCGGUCAUGUCCCAGCAUCUGUUGGUUCUCUUGAGCAUCUUUUGACCUUGAACUUGAGCAGGAACCACCUUGAUGGUCCCUUGUCUGCUGAAUUUGGGAAUCUCAGAAGCAUACAGAUUAUUGAUAUGUCCUUCAACAAUCUGUCGGGUAGCAUUCCUCCAGAAAUUGGACAGCUGUAA